AAAAGAAUUCUCAAAUUGUAUGACUGGAAGCUAACAGCUAGAACCAUGGAAUUGCCUUCACAAGCCUUAUCUCAUCCACUUCUUGUUCUUGUUCUGAUCGUGCUAACGCUGAUGCAACAAGUGAGUGCCACUAAUAACAUCAAUGGAGGUGUUAGAUCGUCGUGGUUACAUGUCGGGCACAACGUGGUCGGUAAGAGAGGCCAGAUCGUCCAUCAUUUUCAUCUUUCCAAGAGAAGCCUCGCGAAGGCGCAGCAUCACAGGCCCAAGUUCCAGCCUGGCCCGUGGAAGCAGGCAUUCGCCACCUUCUACCAAGGAGGCUCGGGUACAUUCGGCGGGGCUUGCGGAUACGAAGACGUAGUGCAGCUAGGGUACGGCUUCCAGACAGCGGCUUUGAGCUCGGCUCUGUUCAACAAUGGGCAGACCUGCGGAGCCUGUUAUGAGAUCGAGUGCGUGAACAGCCCCCAGUGGUGCCAGCCAGGGCAGGCAUCUCUCAUAAUCACUGCCACUAACCUCUGCCCUCCAAAUUACUACCAGUCGAGCAACAAUGGAGGGUGGUGCAACCCGCCACGUGAGCACUUCGACAUCGCCCAGCCCGUUUUCAAUCAGCUGGCCAAGGAUUAUAAGGCCGGGAUUAUUCCCGUUACAUACCGCAGGGUGCCAUGCCAGAAGAAAGGAGGGAUCAAGUUCACGAUGACUGGGAACCCAUACUUCAACCAGGUGCUCGUGUGGAAUGUGGGUGGAGCCGGCGAGGUCGUGGGCUUGCAGGUGAAAGGCAACAAGACCCCGUGGACGGCUAUGAAGCGACUGUGGGGUCAAAAAUGGGAGACUGAUGCUAUGCUAGUUGGGCAGUCGCUAACCUUCAGAGUUCGGGCUGUAGACGGAAGAACAUCCACCUCUUGGCAUGUUGCCCCCCCAAACUGGCAGUUUGGGCAGACAUUCGAAGGGAAGAACUUCAAGUAAGAGAGUAAGAGAGAUAAAUAAACCUUCUCCA